CUCACUCAAGGGUUUCGUUGGUCUGUCUUCAAUGGGGAAUGAGAAAUUCACUUGGGUGAUUAAGAAUUUCUCAUCUGAUUCUGAAUCUAAGACAAUAGUGUCUGAUAAGUUCGUGAUCGGUGGCUGCAAAUGGUGUCUUGUGGCUUUUCCUACGGGAAAUCAAUUUCCUAGUCAUUUGUCUCUGUAUCUGAUGGUAGCUAGUUAUAAAACUUUGCCUUGUGGAUGGAGAAGACACACAAGAUUUAGCAUAACUGUUGUAAAUCAUCUCUCUUCACAAGAAAAAAAAGAAGAUUGGUUCGAUGAAUACAAUCCUCUCUGUGGGUAUUCAAAAAUGCUUCCCCUUACCAAACUUAAUGCUGAAGAAGGUGGUUUUGUUGUGAAUGAUGAAGUCAAGAUUAUUGCAGAGGUAGAUGUUCUUGAAGUUAUUGGGGAAUUAGAUGUUUCAGAGGAAUCUCAUGAGGUCGAACCUCUGAAAAGGAUGAGGUUAAAUGGUGAUGAUGGUGCGGUUUCUAGUCAUUUGGACAAGGAGACUUCAUUAGUAGAUGUCAAUGGGUUUCUAGUUCUUCCUUCACAGGCGGAAUCUGUGAAACGUAUAUUCGAAAAACACCCGGACAUGGCAUUAGAGUUCCGAGUAAAGGACCAAAAUAUGAGGACAUCAUGCAUAAAUCUCCUCCUCAACAUAAUCAAUACAUUAUGCCAGUCACUGCAAGACCUUUCCACUGAUGACUUAAGCCAAGAAGAGAAAGUAUUAACAUACCUGAAAGAUUCGGGCUUUAAGGUGGAUUGGUUGGAGCGUAAACUGGAGGAAGUCAAGAACAAGAAGAUUGAAGAGCAGUUCAGCAAGACUCAGAUACAAGUAGUAGAGGAGAAGCUGAAGAUCUUUAAGCAGAAGUGCUCAGAAAUAGAAGCUCUACUGGAGAAAGAGAAGGAAGAACUGAAGGACUCGAAGCAAAAGUGCUCAGACAUGGAAGCUCUGCUGGAGAAAGAGAAGACAAAGGUGUUGGCUGCUGCCAGAGCUCCUCCUCUAACUUUGGAUGAUGUUGUCUGAUGACUUUUGUUCUGUAAGGUGUAAGUAUGUUCUUUUGAAUCUGGUUUCAAAUUUAACAUAGGAAGCCAAAGACUUCUGUGUUCUGUAUAUAGUAAAGUUCUGUAAAGAGCUAAUCUUUUUGUAAGGAUGACUCGCUUCGACUAUGAUUUUGUUAAUUGUCUCAUUCGUGACUAUGUAAAUGAAAUGUUCAGUUAUAAUCAAUCAAAUCUUUAACUUUGGUCUUAAA